UCUUUCUGUCUCCUGUAGCAGUGUUUAUAUGUGCAUGCAAGCAGUUGCCCCUUCACACGGAUACCGAGACACACAGCAGCAUGGCGAGCCGGGAAAGAGCACAGAGUUUUCUUCACUCAUCAACAAAAACUAAAUUGUCAUGCGUAGGAUUGCUGCGGGUUUUAUUUAUUACUUUUAUACACACGGCGCAAGCGAACAAACAAGCGUUCACACAGUCAGACACAAUCCUGGAGGUGCUACACUUUGGAGAAGGAGGUCUCUUACAGACAGAGUUUGACUGUGAUCUAAGUUUAUAUAAUCGAAAAAGGCCUGUGGGGAUGCCAACAAUGGAAAAGAUUUACUUGAAUAAUCCCAGGUCAGAAGAAAUUGGUUUGAUAUCAAUAUCAGCAACAACAGCACAUUUUCAUCCAUCCUAUUUCCAGAAUGGGAUAAUCCCAGCAGGGGGAAACACGUCGUUUGAUGUCGUGUUUCUCGCCAGGGUCGUAGGGAACAUAGAAAAUACUUUAUUUAUUAAUACGGCGAAUCAUGGAGUGUUUACAUACCAGGUGUUCGGGGUGGGUAUCCCCAACCCCUACAGACUACGGCCCUUCAUCGGGGCCAGAGUCCCUGUUAACGGCAGCUUCCAUCCACUCAUAAACAUCCACAGCUCUCACAGUGAACUACUGCAGGUUGUGGAGAUGUUCUCCAGUGGAGAUGCCUACCUGCCUACGGGCCAACAAGGAGGCACUAGAACAUUCUGGGAGAUCCCUCCAUUUGAGACAAAGGGUGUGAUGAGGGCUAGCUUCUCGUCGGGAGAUGCAGACAACCACACAGCCUUCAUCAGGAUCAAAACCAACGAAGACCAGUUUAUCAUACUGCCUGUGGAGGUCAUCUCAGCCACUGGUAUAUACUCCUCCACAGAGAUGCUAGACUUCGGUACGUUACGGUCACAAGAUCGACCGGAACAAUUGAACUUACAUCUACUGAAUUCGGGAAGGAAAGAUGUUUGGAUCGCGAGUAUACGGACGACGCCGUCCAACGAAGCCACCAUCAAUUUCAAAGCAAUCACCCUAAAAGCAGGCGAGAGUAGAUAUACCAAAGUUGCAAGUAUUAGUUUUGAUGCAUCAAAAGCAGAAAGUCCGUUUUCUGGUAAAAUAACAGUGAAGGUCAAGGAGAUAAACUCGUCUAAACCUGAAGUCCCGUACCAAGCAGAGGUGCUACAAGGCUACCUGGGCUUUGACCACACGGCCACGUUGUUCCACAUCAGAGACAGUCCAAUAGACCCCGUGAACAGAUCCAUCUUCAAGGCCAUGUUCAGCGUGCAGAACCUCAGCGCCCCCGUUCCGAUCCCUUCUCGUGAGUCUCGCUACAUCUUCUCUCUCCUGUUCUGCCCUGUCCGCCCUUCCAUCCACAUCCACCUCAACACCAACAUCUCCAAAUUCCACCUUCCUGUCAGGGCCUACACAGGUUACCUUGAGCUCAUGAUAUUAACAAUCCCAGCGAAGGCUGCGAUAGCAGUGGGGAAGCUAAACAGCUAUCCUGAACACAUCCUCCUACCUCCAUCCUUUCCUGGGAAGAUAGUACACCAGAGUUUCACCAUCCAGAGUUCCUUCACCCAGAGAGCGAGACUCCGACACAUCCGUUCCCUGACAGAAGACAUUCGGUUCUAUUACAAAAGACUACGUAGUAACAAGAAUGGACUGGAACCGAGACGCAAGUCCAAGGUUGCUAAUAUUUAUUUUGAUGCCAGUUUGCAGUGUGUCGACCACUGUUACGUGGGGUUGCCGUUUGUUCUGAAAUCUGAGGCUCGUCCCCACGGCCUGGUCUUACAGGAGGACAUCUGGGAUGCUGACAUUGACCUCCACCAGAAACUGCUCCGACGCUGGACAGAGCUGAAAGAUCGCUCGGGACAUCAAGUUGAGGCGGUGUUUGAAGUCAGCACAGAUCUUCAGGAGACGGUCCAGGCAACAAUAACAGCCCAACAGACCUGGCCGUCGCUGGUUAACGCCUCACAACAAAUCACGUUUCCCCUCACCAAUGCCAAUAGCUCCUCUGAGACAGAGGUUGUUCUAGAGAACCCAGCAGAUGUCCCAGUGUAUGUCCAGAUCCUUCCUCUGGCGCUCUACCCGAACCCCUCCGUGUUUGCUGGGAAACUCAGCGACAGCUUCCCACUGGGAAAGUUGUCUGACAUCGACACAAAUUCACUGGAAUUUCAGGUCAACAGAAACCUAUCGUCUGUAAUGAAGGGAAGCUCAGGGUUUGUGGAGGGCUCGACCAGACCGUUUGUCUACAGCGUGCUCCUGCAGCCUGGAGAGGUCAAGUCCUUCAGCCUGAGGUUCACUCCUUCCAGCAACCACUCUGUCUCCUCCCUGCUCAUAGUCAGGAACAACCUGACUGUGAUAGAUGUGAUCGUGGUUCGUGGCCAGGGAACCACGGGAAGCCUGCAGGUAGCUGGGAAACUCCCUGGACCAGACAGCUCCCUUCGCUUCCAAAUGACGGAGGCGUUGCUGAAGGACUGCGCAGAGAAGAUCAAGUCCAAAGAGCCCAAGUCCACUCUGAGAAGGACCUUCAGGGUGGAGAACGCUGGUCUACUCCCCUUGUAUAUCCGCUCUGCAGAGAUCAACGGCCAGCCCUGCCAAGGAUACGGAUUCAAAGUUCUCAACUGUCAGCAAUUUACACUUAAACCAAACGCUUCUGAAGACCUAGUGAUACUGUUUACACCAGACUUCACGUCAUCCAGAGUGAUCCGGGAGCUGAAGCUGGUGACGGAGGGAGGGUCAGAGUUCGUGUUUGUCCUGAACGCCUCUCUACCUUUUCACAUGCUGGCCUCCUGCACAGAGACCCUCCCCAGACCCUCCUGGGAGCUGGAGCUAUACGUCAUCGUCUCCCUCGUCAUGAGCUCCAUGUUCCUGCUGGUGAUUGCUAUAGCCUACCUGGAAGCCCAGGGGAUCUGGGAGCCCUUUAAGAGACAUCUGUCUCUGGACUCUCCCAUGGAGACGGGCAGACCCUUCGAUCUCAGGGAAAUAGUACGCAUUUCAAGUGCUGCUAACUUGAAUGAUUUCAGCGACGCCCACCAGAACCCGACCAGGGGGAUGUAUGGUUCUGGUAGCGAGGUGUCCCGGGUCGGGAGCCGAAACAACAGAGCCUCCGUGGACCUUGAUGGACAGAGAGCCAGGAUGGACUUUGAUCGAUCAACUAUGCAAGCCUCCUCCACCUUCUCUUCCUCCCAGCUAGCCAAUGGCACCCCGGUUUCCUGUCAGCUGACCAAUCGGAAGGCGCGGAGCUCCAAGAGGCAGCAGGGUGGAGGACUCCUGGACCUCCAGAACGGGGGCCCUGGGUCAGGGUCGUCUCUGCCCCACAGAAGGCGCUGUUCUGGGGGAGAGGACCCAGACUACGCCAGCCUACUGGGGGCCAUGGAUAACGACCUGGACAGACCUGAAUCACCACCUCUACAGGAACACAACGUUUCUCUGUCUACACAGAACAACGUGCUAGACUCUAAAGGAAAGCAGCUGAGAGGUAAAACUAAUGCUCAGAGAAAGAGAGCGGAGAAGGAGAGGAGAGCAAAGGGAAAACCACCUCCGGGAGACCAGCUGAAGGAUGUUUUGGCAGACAAUGACGACAGCUCCUCUACCACCACAGAGACCUCCAACCCUGAUGUAGAGGCCAGCAACAAAGAGGAACCAGUGAAGAAGAAGGGCAGAACAGCAGUGACUCUGGAGAAAGAGGAAACCAAACCCCAAAACAACAAGCGACAAACCAACACAAAUGAUCAAUCUAGUUCCCUGGAGCUCCCUUACAUCACAGCCCUGGAGAUCAAACAACGCAAGGUCUUCACAUCCAAAGCCCUCAUCCACUCUCAUCUCACCACCGCCCCUACAGCUAGGACUCUGCAGAAACCCAGACCUGGGUCUCUCCCCCAUCUCAACUCGUCUGAUUGUUCUGUACUUGUGCCUUGUGGGAAGCUGGAGGAUUCUUGUCCGUUUCCCGUGGUGAAGCGGUUGUCCAACGGCUCGGUCUCGGUUUCAGAGCUCGGUCACAGCAGCAGCUCCGAGGGAGAGAAGGAGUUCGCUGCUACUGAAUGGGACAAUCCACUGCUCACCAGAACCACCAACCAAGCCAACAGUCUCCAGCAGACCUCCCUCCAGACCAUGAAUGCAGACACCUUCCUGAAGAGACCCAUCUCAGCUAGGACCUACUCCCAUCCCUGCUCCUCCCCCAGCCUAGUGACCAGGGGAACAUACAGCCAAGUACUCAAUGCCAAUAGUGAGACCAACUUGAAGAAGGCACCAGGGAACAAGCUAGCUAAUGCCACCUCUCUCCCUGGCAAGAAUAGCAAUCCUACUUUUGCAGCUGUGGCUGCGGGAUAUGACAGAAGCCCAGGUGGCAGUGGCCCAGGUCAAAGAGCCCAAUGGAACACUCUAGCUCACGUGACCUCAGUGGAGAGCGACAGCUCAGACAGCUCAGGAUUAUGGUCUCCCAUAGGAUUCAACCCUGCCAACUCCUUCUCUGCAUUCGGACCCAACAACUCCUUCAAUCUGACAGGAGUCUUCCGUGGGAUGUCCUUCCCGAAGACAUCCGAGCCUCCGCAGACUUGGCCUGAGUUGAGCUCUGCGUCCUCGUCUCUCUGGGAUGCCCCCAGCAACCCCCUGCACUCCUGGCUCAGCAGCUCCCCCACUGUCCCCACCGCAUCCGUCCUGGGUAGCGGCAGGAACCCCUGGUCCACCACCACCCCCUUUGGCAGCUCCAUCUGGUCCACUAGUGGAGACACUGCACUACACUCCUUCACUCCCACCACCACCUCCUCCACCCUCCCAGACUUACCCAGCAGCAUCCCCACCCUGGGCCUGGCCCCUCCAACUGCCCCCACUGAGAUGAGCCGUUCCUACGACCCCUGGAGGCCCACCCUCAGCAGACACGGCUCAGAGCCCUGGUCCAGCCACUGAGGAGUAACAGGCUCUUAGCCUGGUCCCAAAUCUGUUUCAGCUCGUGCCAACUCCAAUGCUGUCUUUAUCAAGCCAAACAUGGCGACAUGGCAUGAAAAUGAUUGCCAAAGAGUUGGCGUAGCACCAACAGGCUGGAACUCAGGCUAACUCAGGCUCACAGAUGUGAUCGUUCUUAACUGAAUUAUCACGCAAAUCAUGCAUUCAUGUAAAUGGCAUAUUUACGUCAUGUGAGCAGACCUCAUGUACGGAUUCUGGUCUAAAUCAGAAACAUACCAUGGUAUCAGUUGUUAAACAGUA